GUACCUUCCACUUUUCUAAUUUUGUUUCCUACUUAAUUUUCUUUCCUUCCGCCACUGCAACUCUUUUUCACCGAUCUAUUGCUUUAGUUGCUGCAAGGAGCUUAGAAUCCUCAGAUUAUUACUAUUUUCAUUCUUCGCUCCCUUCAUUAUCACUCUAAUUUAUCUCAAUCCGUUUGAAUUUCUUUCACCUCCAUUUCAGUUCAUGAGAUUUUGUUCUCUUUGGGUUUCCAUUAAUUCGACCAUAGUUGCAACCUCAUCACAGUACUCAUGGAGUCAUGGUAAUAUCUUGCAAUCCGUGUUUCAUUUUCCCCAUUUCUGAUGUAGGAUAUUUCGAUAAUAUCCUCAUCCUAACAGGGAUCUGUGCAGAGAAUUCACCUGUCAAUGGCAAUAUUUCUUAUCACAAAAGUCGUGUAUUACUCUUAGCGGCUGAGGACAAACAUUACGCCAAGGUCACAAAAUGUAUUGCUCUACAUUUUCCCGUUUAUUUGUGUGGUUUUGUUCUUCGCUGUUAUAAUCUUGAUAGGUACUCAGUGGACAUUUCUGAAGCCAUUUUUGCAGGAGAGGGAAAAGAAGGUAUUGAUGAUUGUGAUUCCUCUAGGUUCUGGCUAACAUAGCAUCAGUUGUGGUUGGUGAAAUUGGCCCCUUUAUCAGAGAUUGGGUAACUUGGAAUCAAGUGUUCUUGAUCGUUGACAUAGGUUUUUGCUAUGAGAUUUUCUUCCCCAUCGUUUGGUCGAUUAGGUAAUUGAAAGAGACCUCAAAGACACGGCAAAGCAACCAAGAACUUGGCCAACAUGACCCUUUUCAGGGAAUUCUACACUGUUAUGAUUGGGUACCCGAUUGGGUACCUUACUUUGCAAGGUUUUUAGUGUUUGCUUUACUUACCAAUUACUACUUAUAAGUACCAGUGAGUCGCAAAUGCUACCACUACUUUGUUAAAUCAUCUACAUGUAGUUUCUAAUGUUACAUUUUAAUCUUCUUGGUGUUACCCUCUUCGCUCAUUUAUGCUAGCACUGGUCAUUUUAAUUUUCUUGGUGAUACUUUAGUUUGUCAAAAUGAGUGGAGAGAGUAUAUGUAUUAUUUCUCGUGCUGCACCAUGUACAAGUAUGAUUUCUACAGCUGUAAUAUGAAUUUAGCUUCAACAAUCAUCUGUUUUCUUGCUGCCACAUGUUCGGUGCAAGUUAAUGAUGUUUUUUGGGUUUUAGAUUAUGGUAAGUUACUAAGUUUGACAUCCUAUGAACAAUUUGAAAUCACUUGAUGUGAGAUUUGAUAAUGAAUAAUAUUUGACAUUUCUUU